AGAGACGAAAGGGUAUUAUAGUCAAUCAGGUGACGGGUUUUAGGGUUUAAGAAGAAGCUCCAUGCCAGUUCCAUUGCAACUAUAACACAUCUCUCACUCUUGCUUCCGUUGUUGAGUUCUUCUGACUUCCUCACUGCUAAUAUCAUCUCACCAUGUGGGCUCUUCGUAGAGCUUCUACUCCUCUUAGGAAUCAAGGGUAUAGAGUAAGAACUUCAUAUGUCUUUGGCAAACUAGAGGUACCAUAUUUUUGGGAAGGAAAUGUUGCUGGUUUUGGAACCGCCGCCGCUUUAUCCGACAGAUUCAUUUAUUUUGACAGAAAUAACCUUACAACAUGGCCGUCUUCUGAGGUUUAUAUUAGUAGUCAUGGUCUAUCUACACAAGCUGGUGCUGAGAACAGUGGAGAGGAAGGUAAUGUGGAAGAUGGAUGUUCCGAACUUGAUGAAACACUUCCAAGCACUAGUCCACUGGAAGAUAGUAAGACAGCUGAUGAUAAUGAAGAGGAACUAACUUCUGGAUCAGAAAUUGAUGAUGACAAUGACGUUGUAGAUGAUGGGACUGAACUGGAUUUACCUGAGGGAGAAACUGGACUUGUUGAAAAGAUAUCUAUUAAAAGGGCUCCUUCAGAACUUCUCAAUGUUAUUUGGAAGGCUCCAGGUUUAACUGUCUCUAGUGCACUUGAUAAGUGGGUCAGUGAAGGAAAAGAACUAAGCCGGGACGAUAUCUCUUCAGCCAUGCUCAAUCUUCGCAAAUGUCGGAUGUAUGGAAGGCUUUGCAGGUAAAUUGACUUUGAUGUUGCUUUUCAAUUUUCAGAGUGGUUGGAAGCAAAUGGGAAACUUGAUUUUGUUGAAAAAGAUUAUGCUUCUCGGCUCGACUUGAUUGGAAAGUUACGAGGUCUUCGUAUGGCAGAGAAUUACAUUGCUAAAAUUCCAAAGUCCUUCCAAGGUGAGGUGGUAUACCGAACUCUUUUGGCUAACUGUGUGAUUGCCUGCAAUGUACAAAAAGCGGAGGAAGUAUUCAACAAAAUGAAGGACCUUGAAUUCCCCAUCACAGCAUUUGCUUGCAACCAGUUGCUUCUUCUUUACAAGAGGACUGACAAGAGGAAAGUAGCCGACAUUUUGUUGUUGAUGGAGAAAGAAAAUGUCAAGCCUUCUCGGUUUACUUACAGAAUCUUAAUAGAUACUAAAGGCCUUUCUAAUGACAUAACUGGGAUGGAACAAGUUGUUGAUACAAUGAAGGCCGAAGGAAUUGAACUUGAUGUUUCUACACUUUCCGUAUUAGCUAAACAUUAUAUUUCAGGUGGGCUUAAAGACAAAGCCAAGGCCAUUUUAAAGGAGAUGGAAGAAAUUAACUCCGAAGGUUCUCGAUGGCCAUGCAGAAUUUUACUUCCCCUUUAUGGAGAACUCCAAAUGGAAGAUGAAGUGAGGAGGCUCUGGGAGAUCUGUGGGUCUAAUCCUCAUAUUGAAGAAUGUAUGGCUGCCAUUGUUGCUUGGGGAAAGCUGAAGAACAUCCAGGAAGCUGAGAAAAUUUUUGAUAGAGUUGUAAAAACAGGGGAGAAGCUAUCCGCUAGACACUAUUCUACCAUGUUGAACGUUUAUAGAGAAGACAGUAAGAUGCUAACGAAAGGCAAGGAAGUGGUCAAGCAGAUGGCAGAGAGCGGUUCUCGCAUGGAUCCGGUGACAUUGGAUGCAGUUGUGAAGCUCUAUGUGGAAGCAGGGGAGGUAGAAAAGGCAGACUCUUUCUUGGUUAAGACUGUUCUACAAUACAAGAAGAAGCCAAUGUUUACCACAUACAUAACUCUCAUGGAUCGCUAUGCAAGUAGGGGAGAUGUUCCCAAUGCUGAGAAAAUCUUUGGUAUGAUGAGAAAAUAUGGUUAUGUUGGUCGAUUAAGCCAAUUUCAAACUCUAAUACAGGCAUACGUUAAUGCCAAGGCUCCAGCCUAUGGUAUGAGAGAGAGAAUGAAGGCAGAUAGUGUAUUUCCAAACAAAGCCUUGGCAGGAAAAUUAGCUCAAGUUGAUUCUUUGAAGAUGAGAGAAGUGUCCGAUUUGCUUGAUUGAAAAAUAUAACCCGUUACUUUUGGUAUGUAUAAACUCCCCAGAUUUCAAAUUUAUGGUUUGAAUCAUGUAUUUGUUCAUUAGUCUGGUCGAUGCGUUUUGUUAGAUGAACUCAUGGAAGUUUAUAGCUCUUAGGACGAAGAAAUUGCAAAAUUGGAUCCUGUUGCACCAAUGUUCUACUGUCCAAUUAUGUUUCCCAACUUUAAUUCGUCGAAUGAAUUCGAUAAAUCUUCUGAUUGCUGGGGUUUUUUUCCUGCGGUAUCCAAA